CGGAGUUGAAGGGCCCGGGGUCCCGCGGAAGGACCUGCAACCAGUCGCCGCGGGCCAGGCCCCCACCGUGAACCUUGUUUCUCCUCUAAACAAACCAGCCCGGAGCCGCUGCCUGCCGCCCUGGCUCUAGCACCGCUGUAGCGCGGAGCUCCCGUUCCAUGAGCCACUUGAUCCACUCAGACGCCGCCGCCCCCCCCCCUUUUUUAUUUCUAAUCCAAGUUACUGCAAGAAAAUGAUUAUCCCAGUCAGAUGCUUCACCUGCGGCAAAAUAGUUGGAAAUAAGUGGGAGGCAUAUCUUGGCCUUCUGCAAGCAGAGUACACAGAAGGGGAUGCCCUGGAUGCCCUAGGAUUGAAGAGAUACUGUUGCCGUCGCAUGCUGCUAGCCCACGUGGAUCUGAUUGAGAAGCUCUUGAAUUAUGCCCCUCUGGAGAAAUAAGCAGUGGGUGGAUGGUUUCAUACUACAGCCAUAUGGGCCAAAAAGCACCACUAGCAAGUCUCCAACUGGACUGUUUAGGAAUUAGAGAGAUGCAAGCCAUUCAUACACCAGCCAGUGAAGGAUUUCACUUUCCAGCCGCUAAUCUCUUCCAAGGAAGCAUUUGAAAGAUGAAAUCCACUUACAGUCCAGCAUUGGAGUUUAAAGUAUGGAUAGAAGGUUUUUUGCAGCAGCUUGACAGUCAAGUAGGCAGUUUCCCUUUCCUUCAGUCCUUUUAAGAAAUUUUCACCCAGUAACAGUAUUUAAUAAAUUUUUUAUGAAAUGUA